AUGGAAUCAAGGGAUAAAGUGCUUGCUGGGCGUUUUUUCUUUGAUAGUAAACCAUUAGUUCUGAAGCCAUGGAGGGUAGACAUGGAUAUGGAGAAGGAAGAGUUGGGUAAGCCUCUUAAGAGAGACUAUGCUACCACAUGUAGGGACAAAAUUAAGUAUGCUAGGGUAAUGGUGGAGGUUCAUAUGGAUCAGGCCCUACCUGAUCAAAUCUCUUUCAUGGAUGAAAAUGGGGAGAUGGUUGGUGUGCCAGUACACUAUGAAUGGAGACCUACACUGUGUACCAGGUGCAAGUUGGUUGGCCAUGUGGAAGCAGAGUGUACACAGACUAAGACUAAGAGAGUGUGGGUUCAGAAGCAACGAGUGAGCACUCUCCCUGUUCCAGCUACUGAAGUGGAACCAGUGGUGGAUCAAGAAGGGGGCAUCGAUUCCAUUCAGAAGCAGAAUGAAGUGAGGAAGUUCAUUCAAAGGCAUGAUGUGGGAUUGGUUGGACUCCUGGAGCAUAAAGUAAAGCUUGCUAACUUAGGUAAGCUUUACCAGAACAUUUUUUUGAAUUGGUGUUUUACUAGUAAUGCUAGUUUUCACAAUGGUGGAAGAAUUGUUGUUGCUUGGAAGCCUGGUUGUUUUACAGUGAACAUUGUUGCUAUAACAAACCAGCUUAUUCAUUGUCAUGCUACCCCUGUUAGUGGCAUGACUAGUUUUUUCUGUACUUUUGUUUAUGCCUUUAAUGAUAGUUCCCAGAGGAAAGAUUUAUGGAAAACUUUGAUGGAAUUGAAUUCUCAGGAUCCUUGGAUAUUAUGUGGGGAUUUUAACUGUGUGAUGGGGGUUGAAGAAAGAAUAGGAGCCCCUGUGAGGCAUGCUGAAAUUACUGACAUUAAUGCUUGUAUGCAUGGAUGUAGUAUGGAGGAUAUCAAGUGUGUUGGUAAUCUGUUUACUUGGAACAACAAGCAAUAUGGGGCAGCUAGAGUUUUUUCUAAGUUGGAUAGAGUUCUGUCUAAUCCAGCUUGGCAAAGUGCUUAUUGUUCUACAGAAGCUUGUUUCCUGACUGAGGGUGAGUUUGAUCAUUCACCUGGGUUGAUCACUAUGUAUCCAAGACACACAAGAGGCAGAAAACCAUUUAGAUACUUCACUAUAUGGAAGUCCUCUCCAGAUUUUGCUGGAAUUGUGCAACAUCAAUGGAAUCAACAGGUUCAUGGAAGUAAGAUGUAUAGUGUUGUUACCAGAUUGAAGAAAGUUAAGCAGGCUCUUAGAGAGCUCAAUAAAAAGGGGUUCUCAGACAUUCAGGCAAGUGAUUUAAAAGCUUAUCAUGCUGUGGUAGCUGCACAGGAAGCCAUGCACUUAGAUCCUGCUAAUCAGGAGCUUGCUGAUUUGGAAUUAGUGGCUAUUCAGAAUUACAAAAUACAACAUCAAGCUUAUGUGGAUUUUUGA